CAUCGUCCACUGUAUGGAAAGAUACCCCUCCGUCUAUAUGUACCAACAUCCAUACACAUAUGCAUAUUAUGAUACAAAUUAUGUGAGUGUGUGUAUAUACACGCUGGCGCAACAAUUUAAAUCGAAUGCAGGUAUCUUCUUUCUAUUAAGUCAACAAGAAACGGCAAAAUAACCUUUCAAUCAAUUUCCAUCUCAUGCACGCGUAUACACAAGCAUAUCCGUAGGAUUGAGCCAGACGUUGACUGCAUGAAGCGUUGCUGAACGUAUCCAUGAAGUUAAAAAAACAACUUGGUGAUUGGAAAAAAAUAGCUCAUCCCACAUAUUACACCAAGUUAUAUUUCAUAAUCGAAAAAUAUGAUAGUUUGUGACUGAACUUUUGCUAAAACGAUUUCUAGUUGAAAAAGAUGUGAUAAAUUUAGUUGUCAGUUGUUAUUCGCCGCUUCCGACUUACUUUGCAAAUGGCUGCAGUCACGGUGUAGAACAGACGUCGUUUCUGCUUAUCAACACGGAAUGAGCGUGCGUUGUUCAGGUUUUGUUAUACGAGUGAAUCGCUGGCAGGACCACAGAGUUCUUCGCCGCGCAUGGAUAAUAUCCAAGGGGAACGAUCGUGUUUUCAAUGGCACAUGGCCGCGUCGCGAUUUUAUUGCAGACGCGGCUGAUCGAAAUUUUAAUUAUUUCUGUGUACAUAUCUUAAUAUCAUAUUCUCUAAUCUGGCCUCACGAAUCUUUGGGUAGACGUCUGCCAUACGCCGGUGGAACCAGUAGCGAAAACUGAUAGAGUCGUAAGCUUCAGAUUGACAUUGUGCAUUGAAGCCAUUUAGCUGUCAGCUUUGCUUGUUGGUUACAUCGGUUCUCCCUAAUCCCGCCAAUUUCGUUGCCAAGUGCCAUUGACUGAAGAAACUAAUUGAACCAAAAGGGUAGCAAGGGGAUACAGUGAUGCCUGCAGUCAGUGUAUGCGAUCCAGUAGCGGCUGCACUCCGUCAUUCCCUGGAGUCUAGCCAUUCUAAAGCGAGCGACGAUCUGUCAGCAACAGUUGGGGUAAAUGCAUCGCGGAUCCUUGAGUCACAGAUAGAAUACGAAGAGGUCGCCAGUUAUCAAACAACAGUCUUGGAGCAGCUCAAAGCAAAAUAUAUAGUCUUGAGUUUGCCACAGCAGAAGCUCGAUCCAUCACAAUCUGGUCAAAACAAAAACGAUUCAUUCAAUAACUUAUCGAAAAACGGAGAGGACAAGAUAAUGGGACCCAGUUUGCCAGAGCCAACGGUGACACUCUAUCCUGCACAAAAAAUCAUUCUUGGCUGGAAGGGCACCUUGCCAGUUGGAGCUGGAAUGUACAAUGUUGGUAAUACUUGCUACCUGAAUAGCACACUGCAAGCAUUGUUCCAUGUACCUGCACUUGUGAAUUGGCUAUUGGCGGAUCAACAUCACAUGUCGAAAUGUGAACAGAAUAUUUUAGAUGGAGCUGGAGAAUGUCUUACCUGUGCAAUGGCGAAAACGUUGCAGUUCAGCCACCAGAAAUCUGGAUAUGCUAUCAAGCCUUUCUACAUUUAUAAUAAGUUGAAGCUUAUUUGCAGAACGAUGGUGCCUGGGCAACAAGAAGAUGCUCACGAAUUCUUACGCUAUCUGUUGGAAGGCAUGGAGAGGGCAUAUUUGUCCAGGCAUAGAGCAUCCAAGUUGGACAAUUAUUCUAAAGAAACAACACCUGUAAAUCAGAUAUUCGGCGGGUAUAUACGCACUGAAGUUAAAUGCCUGCAGUGCCGUCAUAUAUCUACUACGUUCCAACAUUUCCAGGAUCUCCUGGUGGAUAUUCGAAAAGCGAGUACUUUGGAUGAGGCACUCUCGAGUUACUUCAGUCGGGAGCAGCUUGACAAUAAUGAUUACAAAUGCGAGGCUUGUAAACGACGUGUACCAGCAACAAAGCAGUUCACACUUGAACGUCCCCCAAAAGUCCUAUGUGUCCAGCUAAAACGGUUCAGUGUUUUGGGUGGAAAAAUUUCCAGGCACAUCGGUUUCAAACAGAUUGUCGACAUGGGCCCUUAUCUACGACGGGAGCCAGGAGAGUCGCUGCGUACGUUAACGUACAAGCUUACCUCUAUCGUCACUCAUAUGGGACCUUCUGUCAACUGUGGCCAUUACACCGCCGUUGCCCAAGUUUCUACUGGACAAUAUUACACGUUCGAUGAUUCAUGUGUGCGUCCGACGAGUCUGAGCAACGUACUAAGUACAAAUGCUUAUAUAAUGAUAUUUGAAAUGGAGUCUCAGUUCCAAACGAAGUUGCAAAAUCAACAGCCAGCAAAAUUGAACGGAUUGGUGCCGACGAGAAAUUUACCCCUAGUGUCUAAUGGCUGUGCAAGCAAAACAGUUAAUUUGAAAUCAUCAACCUCUUGUAUAAUUCCACUCAACGGAAUAAUAAACUCAUCUGCAAAUUGUCAGGAACCGAAGGACAGAGUGAUGAUUGGGCCACAAUUGCCUCCACAAAGAAUUAUUGGUCCGCAGCUUCCACUGCAGAAGAGCGCCAAUUUCAUUGGCCCUCAACUUCCCCAAAAGCUGCUAGAUAAAUCUCAUCCCAGGCUAGUCAUGCACCUCAAGAAUGGCAAAAUUUCAAACGGCAGUAGCUUAGUACCGUAUGACGGAUCAAGUGAAGAAGACGAAACUGGUACAAACAGUAUCAAAAAUCUAACGCUUCCAAAUAGCAACCUUGUUUCAAAACUAGUAACCUCAACAAAAAAUGCUACAAAUGCUUCGUACAGGACGGGAUCUUUAUUAAAAGAGAAUUCCCCUAAGUUUGUAGCAAAGUUAAAAGAUGUGCAGAAAACUGUUGAUGGAAGUGACAACGCAAUUGUAAAUACAAAUUCGAAGUCAGUCAGCCAAAAUAUAACAUUGCAAGGUAACAAGUACCCGAUUGGUACGACGAAUAACGGAGUACAAAAUUCGUUCAAGUCCCAAAUCGUCAAAGGAGAGAUGAAUGUUAGGCCAGAGAUAAAUGGAAAAGAGAAGUUACACAAUUCUGCAAGAAUUAAGACUGAUCAAGAGGAACGAGUGCCUACAAAAGCUGGUGCAAGCAGUAUUAAGGGUUGGCAGAUAUCUAAGGAUACACCUUCUCCCACAGCAUCUACUACACCCAGUGGCUGGUCUGUUACUGACAACAAGGAAGAUGCAGUUAAAUCAGCGAACUACCAUACAGCACCACCAAGUGCCGCAGCACUACGAAACUUUGGCGGAACGAAUCGUUCAGACACAGUAUCACACCUGCUGAAGAUGUCCCACCGAGGUUAUGGCAGUUCUUCUGUGUCAAAUUGGAACGGAGGACGAGCGCACCUCGAAAGAGAGAUUGGCACAGAACGCCGAGAAGAACGCAAGCGUCAUCUGGACUCUGAAGAAGAGGAAAUCGACCGAGGUCGCAUGAAAAAAGUGAAAGGGCAUAGAGAGUACAAGGAUAGAGCGAAUCCUGGCUACAAUCCAUUCCAGGAAUAUCAAAUGAGCAAAAGUUGGAAUCGAUCUAGCGGUUAUCAUAGAAGAGCUUAUUAUAAUGUGUCUAGUAAUAGACCCAGACAUGGGAGCAACUACCGACCUCCGCAUUACAAAUAUCAUAAUCAUUCUCGCGAUCAUUGGCAGCGUAGGUAAAAAGCAUGUGAAAAUAUGCGUACUAGUGCAUCGCUACUCUUUCCUUAGUUCUCAGGCACUGUAUGAAACGUAAAUGAUCCGUAAAUGUUGGAGUGAACUUUGACAAAAAUUGACUUAGCAUGGUACAAAGAUUUUACAGCGAAAUGUUAUUCAGUUGUAUACAGGUUAAGCGAGUGAAUCAGAGCUUAGGCUGAAACUCAGUAUUUGUGAGUCAUUGCUUACGGUUUUCAGAUUCUAUAGACCUUCAACUUGAACUAAAUUAUCUAGUAAUAAUUUUAAAUACGAAGGGAUUUGAACAAAACAGUUAAUCGGUUUUAUUAAUAUGCAUUGCCAGAAUUCUUUACUUUGUUAAAUGUUUCUCAACACGUUGUACAGUAGAGAUUGAUUGGAUAUCAUUCUCUUCAAUAUUUUAUUUCAUCUGUUUUACCAUUUCUCAUAGAUUAUUUUAUUAUAUAACAAUAUUUCAAGGAACUCUGUACCUGUACUUAAAGUUCAGUAAUUUCAUGUUGAAACUUUAAAAUGCGCAGAAGCAUUUUUCUUGAAAUACGAAAUAGGGAACAUGUAAGUGGAUAAUAUUGUGUUUCGUUUUAAGGAAAUAACUUGCAACAUGUUGGAUGAAUUUUCCAAGUGGUAUGAUACAUACUAGAAUGAAUAAAUAAACGGGUUUCAAUGACAAGAGAAUAGUGCGAGGGAUCUCUGAUAGGGCGAUAAUAAAUAUGAAUAGUGAGCAGAAGGUCCCAGGCUAAAAUCAAUUCUGCUUCAUGAUAACCCUUGGUGAACUUACAUUAUAUAUUUAUACAUCCAACAGUUUCAAAAGUCUCUUGAAGAGUGCAAGUAUAUCCAAUAAGUCUUGUAAUAUCAGCGUUUUCCUUUUCCCAUAGAAUAACAUUGUUUACCUAUUUAGGAUAAUUGGGAAAAUAUUGCAUAUAUAUAUAAAAUAACGUCUGUGAAUCUGAAAAUAUAACUCAGCCAACUAAAAUCGCUCAGGAAACAUAUAGCCAUUGGUAUAGUUAUUAUUAUCAUUAAUGAUAUUAUGAUAUUGUGAAAGAUCAGUGUCGAAACAAGUUUACUAAACCAAGUGCAUGGCAUAUCAUUGAUUUCUUUUUAUACUUUUUGAAUAAGUGCAAAUAUUUUGCUCUCCUACCCUUCCCCCACUGUUUUUAUAAAGAUUCACUCCUUUUUCUGAGCCUUAGUGUUAUGAGACUUGAUUCAGUUUAUUAUAUGUAUAGUUACACCAUUGAUAGCAAAAUGUAAAUAUAAAUAUGCAAGCAUUCUUGUGGGCUUUGUUCACGCUUGAAAUGUAGUUUUUUCCAUUCCUUUAUGUUUGAAUUGCGAUAAACGCACUUGGAAUAUUUCAAUUCAUAUUGUACAUAUUUAAUUAAAGUGUCUAAUAAUUUGUACAAAAGAAUCGAAUAGGAAUGUAUAGAGACAGAAUCGUGUAUUGCAGAUUAGAUCGGAUUUAAAUUGCAUUACAAUUCAAACGUAAAAAAUUGAAAGAAACCGAACCCGUUAACCCAUUUGCAAAUCAAUUGAACGACAAAUUCGAAUUGAUUUUCACAUCAUUUGAUUACUUUUUUUUGAAUCUUGAUGAUGAAUCUGUUUUGGUGUUGUCAUUCUUUUACUUCUGCUUUGUUUGCAUAUGUCCUGUCGGCAUAUGUCCAAGUGCGACAUUUCAGAUUCCAAUUGUGUGAAAGUUCAUAAAACUUCUAAAUUAACCUUCCAGCUUGAAUAUCCGGCUCAGCCCAUAUUAUAGACACGAUGAAAGUUAGAAACAUCUGUUAUCGAAAUUACAGGUUUUUUUUAUACAUCAACAAGCAAAAUACUUUAUCAACUUUUGCCCUCGCAUUGGAUAAUUUAUAAAGUAUAUUACAGAUUUUCGUAGAGAUAUUCAACAGAAUUAGAGGGAAAUCGUCAGAUUUUACUAAGUAAUUACAUGCUAAUAAUUACAACUUUUCAAACUACAUUCUUAAUUUGGUGUUGACUAAAGUGAAUUGGAUAUUGCUGUAUUGUAUAAUGUGUAAAAUUGCGCAGUGUUCGACUCUUCCUCAUUGAAUUGUACACAAUACAGCUUUUCGCCAAGAGCUAUCGCUAGGGAGAAGAUAUUGAAUUUUAUUUCUUCGUUUACAAGUGGUUCACAAAACUGCUGUGAGUAAUUAAACUAUAGAUUGUAAAUUAUUUCAUUAUCCUUGAUGAACAUUGUUUUCUGGAAGUUUGUAAAAGGUGCUCAGACAGAAGAUAAAAGUGCUCUUACAAUAUGCUGUUUGCCGCUAGUCUUCAACCCGACUGGCAAUAAGAUUAAAGUCAGUGAAUUAGUUGAUUAGGAAACUACGAAUUCAAGAAAAAAUAAUUCUCAGGUAAACCAGAUGACGUACGUACAUUUAUAUGGACAAAUUCAUAAAUAAUUAUUGGCAAUUGACUAGGAGCUGAGAUUAGCUCUAGCUGAUCAAUUAUUCAAGUUUGACGAGAUCGAUUUUCAUAUUCGAGAUUUUAUUAUAUCCUCGCCACAGAAGAAACAGUAUGAUCCAAAACGUUUUCAAUGUCGAAAAGUCUGAUAUUUUCUAUUAUGGAAUCUGUUUCAGGCUAAGUUCUUCGAGGUGUAAAAAAAAGUUAUUUUCUGGCGAAAAAACUUUGUUUUCUGAAGUUCUCCAACUUUUGUCUUAAACUUGACAUUUUCAUCUGAAAACUCUUAGUUUUUUACACGAAUAACUCAUAUUUGUCGAAUAUGCUGAAAAUGGGAUCAUAGCGAGCUACAAAUUAUUUCAUAGUGAGUAAAAUUUUUUCGAUUCCAGCGAAACAUUUUUACUGUAUUUAUAUUUCUAGCGGCAUACUUUCAUCUUAUCUACAUUUUUAUUAAUAUAUUUCACUAUAAAAUCAAAGCUGUGCAAUUAAUCGAUUGAUUGAAAAAACAAUUAGUGGAAAUCAUCAGUUAAUUGCACAGCCCUAAUUUUUAGUGCAAUAUAUUUCUACUAAUGUAAAUAUGAUGAAGAUAUUUUGCUACAAAUGUAAGAACGGUGAAAAUGUUUUGACGAAACUUAAAAUUUCUAUGCCUCACAAAAUAAAUUAUUACUUUGUGCUUUUCAUGUGAAAAACUGGUUGCUCUCAUAUAAAAAUGCCGCAGUUGAGGAAAAAAAAGUUGGGGAACAUUGGGGAUAAAAAUUUUUCGGUGAAAAAACAUGUUUUUUUACGGUUCGUAAAGACCUAGAGCAAUUUUCAUAAUCAAGAAGAUCAGACUUUUCUACGUGGAAAACAUGUUUUACUCCUAUCAUUUUUUCCGCGACAAGAAUUGGAACGCUUCAAAAUGAAAAAAUAGAUCAGCAUGUUUCUCUCAAACCGUAAGAGCUAGAGAAGUAUAACUUUCGAGAUUUAUGCCUUUCAGCACAUAUUAAAAGAUAUCAAAAUUAUACAAAAAUGUUCGCCGUUGAUAAUUGGUGGAUGUGCCCAUAACUUGGCCUCCCAUACCAAAUAACGUGAAGAUUUCGUGACCCUUGAGUUUUCUUAAAAAUGUGGAGGGAUUCGUCAGAGUGGGUCAGAGAAAUUUGACCAUGCGUCGUUGCAUGUUUAUACAUAUUUUUAUUUAGCGACGUUUCGACGGCACCAAAUAACCCGGCUUUUAAUCUUGACCAUUUUGUAUUUUUUUUUCUACAAGAAGAUAAUCUGUAUGCAUAUAUUUACGAAUGUGAUUAUAAAAAACUUUUGAUCUA